AUGAGGAUGGAGUUGGAGGAACUCCAGUGGAUGUUGGUGGCUUGUGCAGGCCUGCAGAGGAGGAAAGAUGAGGAACAAUUCAAAGGAGUAUGUGUUUCCUCCAUGGGUAUGGACAUCGAUGAUGCAGACAAGUUGGUCUGUGUCACCAAUGGCAUCUCUUAUUUAGGUCUCGCUAUUGUAAACAAGCUUUUGGUUCGUGGCUACUCCAUCUGGAUUAUUGUUGAAAAUCAAGAGGACAUAAAUAAAUUGAGGGAGAUGGAAAGCUCAGGAGAGAUGAUGAUAGGUAACAAUAACCUGUCAGCAGUUAUGGCGAAGUUAACUGAGAUUGAAAGCUUGACAAAAGCAUUCCAGGGGUGUCGUGGCGUCCUUCACACCUCUACAUUCACCGACCCUGUUGGACUUUCCGGCUAUAUAAUGAGCCUUCUCUUUAACACGUCAUUUUUCUCUCCUCUUUUUCGUUUUUUGGCUUGCCCUUUUAGCCUGACAUUUCACAAUACAAGGUUCACGUAG